GCAUAGUCUUGCAAUCAGUCAACUGUGAUUGCCUGAUUGACUAUAGUUCCGAUUUGCCGCGAUUUCAUCUCUACAGAAGGAAUCAAGGCAGCUGUCAAUGCCAGCACUUACUUCAUGCCGAUGGCGCAGCUGAAGGCUCUUGCCAGGGGACGCGCUUGGGCAUUCAGUGACUUUGAACUCAAGGACACCGUGGGCAAGGGUACCUUCAGCCGCGUGCGCGUUGUCAAGAUCAAAGGAGCGAGUGACAGGACUCCAAUUGCGCUGAAGAUCCUUCGCAAAGGCGAUGUGAUCCGCUUGAAGCAGGUGGAGCAUGUGAAAGCUGAGAAGCAGAUCAUGUCCAUGAUCGAGCAUCCCUUUAUCGUGAACCUGCUGGGCGCUUUUCAGGACGAUAAGAGGCUUUUCAUGAUGCUCGAGUACGUCAAUGGCGGCGAGCUCUUUUCGUAUUUGAGACGAGAAGGGCGCCUUCCAAAUGAUCACGUCCGCUUCUACUCUGGCGAAAUUGUGCUCGUGUUCGGGUAUCUUCACAACUUGCACAUAAUCUAUCGAGAUCUAAAGCCCGAGAAUGUGCUGUUAGAUUCAGAUGGCCAUGUGAAGCUGACUGACUUUGGCUUUGCCAAGGUUGUCGAAGAGAGAACCUGGACACUUUGUGGUACACCUGAGUACCUUGCUCCAGAGGUUAUACAGUCCAAAGGCCAUGGCAAGGGAGUUGAUUGGUGGGCCUUGGGCAUCCUUCUUUUCGAGAUGCUAGCAGGAUAUCCACCCUUCUAUGAUGAGAAUCCCUUUGGCAUCUACAACAAGGUCCUGCAAGGCCGAGUCGACUUUCCGCGCCACUUUGACAUGAAAGCCAAGGAUUUGGUGAAAAAGCUUUUGACACCAGACCGGACAAAGCGCAUUGGAUGCUUGAAGCCUGGUGUGGAUGACAUCAAGAAGCACAAGUGGUACAAGGGGACUGACUGGGACUUGCUCAUGGCUCGAGGCGUGAUGAGCUUAGACCCACCUGCCGCAUUUGAGCCUGCAUGCGCAUGGCAUGCUAGGCACCAUGCGCCGGCAAGGGUCGCUGGAUGACCACUGCAAUUAAAAAGCCACAGCCUGCAAGGUCCCUGCGCCAUUUCAACCUCCAGUGCAAUCUGCUGAUGAUACUUCAAUGUUCGAAAGGCCAUGCCAGGAUAUGUGAGUAUGUGUAUGCAUGUCUGCCGGGUGGGGUGUGGAGGUGGGGGAUACCAUCAGUGCCCCUUGUUGACCUGUUCGGAAUGAUCCGAAGAGCCAUCAGCAGAAAGCCGGUGAUCAAAUGUCCAUGACCAGCUCUUGCAGCAUCAGAUUUUGCACUUGAUCGGCCCAGUUGCACCACAGCGGGUGAGUUUUCAUGCUUGUCAUUGUUUGAACGAGGUGCUGUGGAUUGGACAAUUGUCUGUUACAUCAGCAGGAAGCCAGUAUUGGGUUGAUAUGCCAUGACGCAGGUAUCCAGAAAGCACAGAGGCAUCGGCACCAUCAAUUUCGUCGAAGGAGCAAGAGAGCUUUCAGGAAUUCGACACCACCCUCAAUGCCUAAGAAACGAAAGCAAAGAGCAGAUCAAACAAAGCUCAGAUUGCUGUAUUGCUUCUUAUCGAUAGAGCCCUGCUUGCGACUGUGUUUCUUUGGGAGUUUCGGGCAGAUUUCAAGGCUCGAUUAAGAUAAAUAUGUACUGUAUGUUCUCAGCCUGACAAUUUGGCGACGCCCCUCGCAUGUUUGCAUCCUUGCGAUGCCGGUCUGACAUCCCAAAGGGAUAGACAAGAAAGGCAUUAGCAUCAGCCUACGUAGGAAAUUCAGGGCCCUCAAGAAAGAGAGUCUGCUGCCUGUGUUCAA